UAGUCCCAACCGAUAUUAAAUUAUGAGAUUUAUUCUUAUUUUUCUUUUAGGUCAAGUCUUUUUUGUGCUAUAAAUAAUUUUCUUCAAAGAAUUCGUAAAUAAAACAUACCUACUGAACGCAAAAAGUCUGUUUAAUAAAUGAACUUAAAUAUUAUACGACCUCUAACAUUUAUAACCUCUAGGAACUGGAAUCUUGGAGUAAUAUAUCGAAAAUGCGUUUGUCUGUCCGUCUAUUCUCUUCUGUAGUGCAAAAAAGGCCGUUCUAUAUCACAACGCCGAUAUUUUACGUGAAUGCCGCACCUCACUUAGGUCAUUUGUAUUCUGCAGUUGUAGCUGAUGCGAUACAGCGAUUUGAGAAACUUGUAAAUCCAGAUUGCAGAGUUAUAUUCAGCACAGGUACAGAUGAACAUGGCACAAAAGUGCAGCAAGCAGCAGCGAAAGCCAACCUACCCCUGCAGGAGUACUGCAGCAACAUAUCAAAGGAGUACAGGGAUCUGUUCAGGGACUUUGAGGUGGGCUACACAGACUAUAUUCGCACCACUGACGACAAACACAAGAAAGCUGUCAAAUAUUUCUGGAGGAAAUUGGUGAAGAAUGACUACAUCUACAAAGCUAAAUAUGCCGGAUGGUACAGCGUGAAUGAUGAAGCCUUUGUACCUGAAACACAUACUAAAGACGAAAUCACUAAGGAAGGCAAGGUAAAAGUGUCAAUAGAAUCGGGGCAUAGAGUUGAGUGGACAGAAGAGACAAACUAUAUGUUCAGACUGAGCGCUUUCAAAACACAUCUGCAGGAGUGGCUUAAAACUGACGGUGUGAUCCAACCGAGCAAGUUUCAGAAGCAACUUCAAGAAUUUUUAGCCAAUAGCACUUAUUUCCCUGAUAUAUCUGUGAGCAGACCUUCCUCCCGAGUGCAUUGGGCUAUACAGGUACCAGAUGAUGAAGAGCAAAGCAUCUACGUAUGGCUGGACGCACUUAUAAACUAUUUAACGGUAACCGGGUAUCCUGAUGAAGACCUGAUGAAGAGCAGACGUGCCUGGCCUCCAGACGUUCACGUUGUUGGAAAGGAUAUACUCAAGUUCCACGGCAUCUACUGGCCAGCGUUUUUAAUGGCGGCACGCUGGCACCCCCCUAGGAAGAUUGUUUGCCACUCGCACUGGACGGUAGAUGGCAGCAAGAUGUCCAAGUCGCUUGGCAACGUGGUCGCGCCAAGCUCCGUACCAGCGCCCUCGGCCCUGCGGUACAUGCUACUGAGAGAAGCCACCAUGGCUGAUGACGCUAAUUACAGCGAGACCAAGCUGAUCAACAUCGCGAACUCGGAGCUGGCGGACACGCUGGGCAACUUGGCCUCGCGCGCCACCGGCGCUGCUCUCAACCCGCGCGGAGAGUUCCCCGCACUGCACCCGCACGAGCUGACCGCGUGCAUCAGUAGACAAGCCACUGCGGACCUUUUGGACCGGCUGGAGAGAUUACCCGAAAUAUGUCACCAGCACUACACAAACUACCAGUUCUACAAAGUGGUGGAUUCCGUGAUACACGUACUGCACUUAGCAAACCUGUUCUUCGAGACCAUGAGACCCUGGGACCUGAAGAAGAAGCCGGAAUGCCAUAAAGAGCUUGACGUGAUCCUCCACCUGACCCUAGAAACGCUAAGAAUUUGCUCAAUAAUAUUACAGCCAAUUAUACCGAGCAUGGCGUGCAAACUUUUAGACAAAUUGCAAAUACCUAAUGAUGCGAGACACUGGGAGCAUUGUAUGAAGCCAUCUUGGAGGGUCGAAGGCGCCAUCUUCGAGACGAAAAACAUUCAGAGUGGUAAAUUUUUGCUCUUCCAAAGGAUAUAUUCGGAUAAGAAGAAAAUUCACAAGAAAACUGCUAGUGGUUAGGGUAAUAGAUCAUUUUCAUUACAACCUACUGACGUCCAUUGUUGGACAUAUAUAAUAUAUAUCU